AUGGCUGUCCGGCCGGGCGAAGAGAAUGUGGCUACGCUCUUUGGCGAUGUCCAUUACUUUUACGGCCCGCCCACCGACUCCCCUCCACACCACCGCUUCGACAAGGGCUCAUAUGUCUAUCUGUUCGAGAACGCAUAUGAGGGAAGAGCGCGAAUAGAGGUUGCGAAUCAUGUUGGCACAGACGAUCAGGAUGCCUUCGAUGGGUUCUUGGAUGAAGUCCAUGUCACCUACUCUUACAGGCAACAUUGCAUGGUCAACCUGACAGUCGGCGAAGUUGAAGGCCAUGAGGAGUGGCACCUGCCGACCUACGAUCCUCAGAACCAAAACAAAUACCACUACAAGCUUCACUCUCUCGACAUCUACUUCUGGACACAGCAGGAUGCCCUGUCGUUCGUGAAUGGCAUCCGGCGCGUUCUGCCGCCCAACCAGGUCGACGUUCAAGAUGAGCCUGGCCCACCUCCACGACGCGAGCAGCAGCACUCAGUCGAUGUGAAUCCUCUCGUCCAGAAGCUGGAGAAUGCCGCAAUCUCAGACUCGAAGUUACCGCCGCCUCCCCCUCAACCAAACGGCAGGGACAGCAAAAGCAAUAGCAACAUCCCCUCCUUCGCUCCUCCGCCUCUAUCCGCCGUGACCACGGGCGAGAGUGAUCACGACGCCAACUCCACAACCUCGCCGGCCAGCUUCGUCCCGAUGGCCUACAACCCCGCAGCCCCGGCCGCACCAGAGCAGAUCCGCCACCGCGAGAAGACCCCUCCGCCGGAAGACGGCGACGUGAGCCCCUUACACGCCCGCCUCGUCCAGGACGCAGCGACGCCCUUCUCUCCGGGCCUGGUGUCCGGGAUGCCUUCACACCUCAGCCCACUGAGCCCUGGGAUCCCCCCACCGCAGUUCAGCGCAGUGCCGGGCGCGCCCAGCUUCCCGGGUCCACCAGUCCAGACCCCAGGCAUGCCGCCGCAGGGCUUCGGGACGCACGGCGGCCACCCGGGCCUGGCGCGCGCGGCCACGAUGCCCGUCCACGGGAUGCCGUCGCCAGCGCUGCAGAGCCCGUACGGCGCACAACAGUUCCCCGGGAGCCCAGGCUUCGCGGCGCCGCCGCUGCAGCACCAGCAGUCGACGCCGGGUGGCCUACCCGGCGCGCCGCCCCCGCCGCAGCAGCUCGGCACGCCGACGCCGCCGGUGACCAGCCCGGGGCUGCCGCCGCCCCCACCCGGGGGAUUCUCAAACUACACGUAUGCCACGCAGCAGGGCGGCGGGCACGGCGCCAACGAGUAUGGAAUCCACCAGCAGGCGUACCGGCCGACAGAGGGCGAGCAGGCUGUCAAGUACCGGCCUAAGAAGGAGCCUAGGGGCCGACUCGAGGAGAACGCUGGCAGGCUUGAGAGGGGGGUGACGGGAAUGUUUAAGAAAUUUGAGAAGAAGUUUGGAUAG